AUGGCUGAAUUGAACCCGGCAUUUGUUCUUCAGUCCAUCCAGAACGUCUCGUUCGAGAACCGUGAGGUCCCAAAGCUCCGCGACGAGUAUGAUGUACGCGUUCACAUCGAGCAGACUGGCAUCUGUGGCUCAGAUGUCCACUACUGGCAGCGGGGCCGCAUUGGCGAUUUCAUCCUCGAGAGUCCCAUUGUUCUGGGUCACGAGAGUUCUGGUACUGUUGUCGAGGUCGGCAAGAACGUGAAGAAUCUCAAAGUCGGAGACCGGGUUGCUAUCGAGCCCGGUGUCCCCUGCAGACAUUGUGACUACUGCCGUGCCGGUGCAUACAAUCUUUGCGCAGAUACCGUCUUCGCGGCCACACCACCGUGGGAUGGGACACUACAGAAGUACUACAUCGUCGCCGGAGACUACUGCUACCCGAUCCCUGCGCACAUGACGGCCGAGGACGGCGCGCUUGUCGAGCCUGUAGCCGUCGCGGUACAAAUCUGCAAGGUCGCAGGUCUUCGCGGUGGACAGAGUGUCCUCGUCUUCGGCUGCGGGCCCAUCGGCGCCCUGUGCCAGGCCGUGGCCAAGGCGUACGGCGCCAGCAAGGUCGUCGGCGUCGACCUGUCAAAAUCCCGCGCCGAUUUUGCGAGAUCCUUUGGUGCCGACGACGUCUUUGUUCCGUCACCAGAGGAGGCCGCCGGCAAUGUGGAUCCCGUUGACGCAUCCCGUGCCAUGGGCGAAAAGAUCGUGAAGACCUUUGGCCUGGGCGAUGGCGCAGACGUGGUGCUUGAAUGCACCGGGGCCGAGCCGUGCAUCCAGGCUGGCGUCUUUGCAGCCAAGAAGGGCGGCACCUUUGUACAGGCCGGUAUGGGCAAAGAGAAUGUCGUGUUUCCCAUCACAACGGCGUGUAUCAGAGCCUUACAUAUUUUGGGCUCAAUCCGUUACACCACCGGCUGUUAUCCUGAGGCCGUAAAUCUCGUUGCCUCUGGCAAGGUGAACCCACGAAAACUCAUAACGCACAGGUUCAAAUUCGAACAGGCGUUGGAGGCUUUCGAAAUUGUGAGACAAGCCAAGGAGGACACGCUUAAGGUUAUCAUUGAGGGUGUUCAAAAGUAG